CUGCGAUAUACCCAAACAACCAUGGCGGAAUACUGGAAAUCAGCACCCAAAUUCUGGUGCAAACAGUGCAAGAUCUACAUCCGCGACACCUCAUUCGAGAAAUCCCAACACGAAGCCAGCGCAAAACACCAAUCCAGCCUAAAGCGCUUCCUCCGCGACAUUCACCGCGACAACGAGCGCGAACAACGCGAUUCACAAAGAGCAAAGAAUGAAGUCGAACGAUUAAAACAAACCGUCUCCGGCAAUGGGCCGCCCGGGAAACGGACCGCCGCUCCUCCACCGCCGUCAACACACGAACGACCGGGUUCGUUGGAUGAAAGGAAGAAGCAGAUGGCGCAGUUGGUGGAAAUGGGCGUUGCGAUUCCGGAGGAGUACAGACGGGAUAUGGCGCUGGCGGGUGAUUGGCAGACUACCUCUGUGAAGGUGAUUCGGGAUGAUAACGAGGAAGGGAAUCCGGCAGCAAAGUCAAUUGGGGUCCGCAAGCGCAAGGCUGAAGGAGAUGCGGAUGGGGAAGAAGAACAGGAGGAACCUGAACGAUUUGUUAGUAAGGGAUGGGGGUCGACAGUGCGGAAAUACCCCGGUGCUCAGAGUGAAGAUGAAGAUCUGGACGCGCUUCUUGCGUCUACGAAGAAUGUUAAGAAGGUUAAGCCUUCUAAGGAGGAUGAGGGGCCGGAGGAGGAGGGUGUGAAGAAGGAAACAGCUGAUGAUGGUGCCCCGACGAAGAGUGAAGGUGAGGAGGCUGCUGCGCCGGCGCCGGAGUCUGAGCAAGCUUCUAUCAAACAAGAAGAACCGUCCGAUACCACUUCGGCUCCUGCACCGGUCAAGAACGAGACUGAAGAGCCAGAACCGACAGGAGGAGUGGUAUUCAAGAAGCGCAAACCAAAGGCUAUGCGGAAAUAAUUGUAAUGGAUUCGUCUCGUUAACAUCAAUCGUGAAUACCUAUAAUGAAAAUCGCGACGGUCUUCUCUAUCUACUGACACUACCUGGUCAAGAGCUAACCGAAGAGGUGUAUCGAGUGUACGGAACAAGUCUUGAGGACGGCCUGCUCAUGACUACUAUAGUUUAACUGAAGUAAACAGCUUACUGAUGCUAUUCACGAGCAAUGUUUAAUAACUUAUGUCUAGAAUAUCAAUAAAUAGUGUCAAGCGU